UCCAACACCAAUCGCCAGCAGAGGACCUGGCCACCCCAGCAGCAUGCCGACCAAGGAAAUCAUCACGCUGCAGAUCGGCCACAGCGCCAACUUUGUCGGAACCCACUUUUGGAACCAGCAGGAGGCGCUGUUUGGGGACGAUGGAGAUCAAGAGCCGGAACUCAGCCACGACGUGCUCUUCCGUCAAGGCAAAUCAAGCCAUGGCGACGAGACAUACACCCCACGCCUCCUGGCGCUGGAUCUGAAGGGUAGCCUCGGCUCUCUCAAGCUCAUGAACGAAAUCUAUGAACGGGACACAAGGUCCGACUCGUGGGCCAACGGAGUCGAUCGCCACGAGUCCGACCUGCAUCCAAAGAACGCCUUCCUCCAGCAUCUUGAUGAGGCGCAGCUCCCAGCACCAGAGCAGCCACCUGUCCAAAGCUAUGCCAAAAACUUGGACCAAACCGUCCGCGUCUGGUCCGACUUCAAUCGCAUGUUCUACCACCCAAAGUCGAUUGUGCAACUCCCCCAAUACACGCACGGCAGCGAGGAGCAGCCCUUUGCCCUCUUCAGUCAAGGGAUGGAGGUCAUGGCUGAUGCCGAUACUUACGACGACGUCAUCGAUGAGCGCCUGAGGUUUUUCAUGGAAGAGUGCGAUGCGCUGCAGGGCAUCAACGUUAUUGCUGAUGUCGGCGAUGGCUUCGGUGGUAUUGCUGCCUCGAUCACCAGUACGCUCCGCGACGACCACCAGAAACUCGCCAUCACGACAUUUGGAGUCGACCGACCGCUGCCUCCGAGUGCGACGCUGAAGUCCGUCUGGGCCCACAAUGUCAACUCGGCGAUCGCCUUGCAGAAGCUGAGUGAAAACUCCUCGCUCUUUGUUCCGUUGAAGGCCGCCACACCGGCGACCCUGGACCCAUUAGGCUGGUCCCGAUACCAGCGGCCCAAUCUCAACCUGCCAUACCAUUGGAGCGCUGAAAUUGCAGCUGCAAUCGAUACUAUCACCAUUCCGUACCGACUCAAGAAACAGUCGCUGGCAAUGUACGACUCCGUAUCUGUGAUGAAUGCCCGCGGCAAUUUGCAUCUUGCAGCGCUGUCGAUGGCUAUGCCGUGCCCAAUGCCGGCCGACGAUCCUCUUGCCACACUCUCUCGCCCUCUGAAGAUCGACGAGCGAAUCCCUUGGAUGCGCGAUCUCUCCACAGGCGCCAAUUUCGACCAGUGCGCUCAUGAGACGGCCCAAGUGAGCGUGCUGAGGGGAUCUGUACCAGGCGUUGCUAAAGCUUCGCUGGUGGCAGCAUUUGAUGCGUUCGCAUCUUCGUUCCCGGUUCCCAUCGGCGCCAGCCAGAGCUUUGUCGUCGACACUGCCCUCCGGCUGGGUGAAACAUUUCCUCAAUUCUUCUCAGGACUUGGUGACCAAGGACAGAUUCAGGACCCAUCCAGUGCAGAAGGUGCAACGGAGGUGUCUCAGCUCCCGGUUCUGGCCCGAUUGAGAGCAACGCCCCGCUUAAGAGGUACUGUUCUUGCCAAGGCCGACGCCCUGAGAAGUGCCAAGGUUGCCUCGAUGCAAGGCGGCGGCGUGGGCUCCGUCGGCAUCCAGUUCGAGAAGGGCGACUUUGGAAUGGAUCGCGAAAUGCUUCAAGAAUGCGAAGAGCAACUCCGUGAAAUCUGCGACGCCUACGCCGAGCUUGCAUAGGGCCCAGCAGCGCAUCGAUCAGUGAUGCUGUGAGACCCUGCCUGUUCGCGAUAUCCGCAUCGCUGUGUUUGGCCAGCUACCGGUGCAUCCAUCCGACAUGAUGCUGAGCGGGCUGAAUAGCGCUGUUGCUGUUGCUCCUUGCGACUCUCGGCAAUCAGCAGCACCAUCUGUGCUGAACCAUGUCGACUCUCCAGGAUCUUGAAUACACAUCUCUGUCCAGUGUACUCAAGGACACCGUUUCCUGUGUAUUCCGAUACACCCCGAGAGCCGAUGGGCGCUGAGCUGCCCGACCGUCGAUGU